GUGGUGCUGUACUUGGUGAGCGUGGUCACAUCGUCAAGAUGCCGAUGGCGCCCAUGCGUCACGGACUCACGGUGCUGUCAGUCGGUCCGGGUGGCUAAAUAAAUGGUCUCCUCCUCCUCUUCCUCCUCCUCGCUCGCACGUCAGACCUACGAGCAGCCACGGCCCUUGUCGUGCGAACGCGAGGACACGGCUUGCUCGAAUCCUGUACAGAACUCGUCUCAUAAUUAGGCCCGGCAUCGGUCACGGUCUAUCGCGCCAUGUGGUUCCCAGCUGGGUUCCCAAUUACUGUGCUCGGUCUCGCAUCGCAGGUGCCUUUGGAACCUCAUCCCAUAACACCUCAGGCAGCCAUGCCCAGCGCGUAUACUCCUGACUUUGCCUUCAAAGAGGGCACCAACAUCUUUACACCCAAGGAUCUCGUCGAGCUGGUGAGGCCGGGCACAGGGCUCGCAAAUCCUGCUGGCGAUCUUGCCCUCGUCCAGGUCAGCAAGUAUUCCUUGAGUGACAAGAAAAACACGAAGUCGAUCUACAUCGCCUCCGUCGAGUCCUCCAUUCAGCCCUUCGAGAUCCCCCUUACAGACAGCGGCGAAGCCUUUUGGCUCGACUCCCGAACCGUCGGCCACGCAGUCGCUGAGGGCGAAGACAAGGACAAGGUCACCACGCUCUAUGCCAUCUCUGUCAAGUAUGAGACGGAGUAUUCCCUCGUCCCUGAGGCUCCCGUGCUCGUCGGCAAGUUCCCUACGUCCACCGCGGCGAACUUCAAGUACGCCACGAAGGCAGGCGUGUUGGUCUUCUCGGACUACGUGUACUCGGACGGGGACCUGGCGGCUGUGAAGAAACACGACGAGGCCUGGGAAAACAAGGGCGAUACUGCAUACGUCUUCGACGACACGUAUGAGAGGCACUGGGACACGUGGGUUGGGCCGAAGAGGUCCUCGCUGUUCUCUGUGACGCUCUCGAAGUCUCCGGACAAGACAUGGGUCUUCGGCUCUGAGUUCGUCAAUCUGUUGAAGGGCACCGGUCAUACCUGCCCGGUCGAGCCGUUCGGAGGUACGGACGACUUUGACGUCUCUGAGACGCACAUCGUCUACACAGUCAAGGAUCCGGCUUUGCCACCUGCAUGGCACACGAAGCAGAACGUGUACCUCAUAGACAUCCACGGAGCUGGCAGGCCCGUGGAGCUGACGUCGGGCAAGCACGGCGCUACUCGUAGCCCAGUGCUCAGCAAGCAAGGCGACAAGGCGGCUUGGCUGCAGCUCGACAAAGACGGCGCCGAGGCUGACAGGGCGCAAGUCGUCAUCUACGACUUGACCAAGCACGUCAAGUACACGCUGACCAAGCAUUGGGACCGUUCGCCGGACGCCCUACAGUUCUCCGAAGACGGCAAGGCGAUCUACUUCACCGCAGGCGACAUCGCCCGCAUCAAGAUCUUCGUCCUCCCAAUCCCUCCAACGCCUUCCGAGUCUACCGCUGACCCCGACCUUGCUACAGCGUACCGUGAGCCCAUCGAGCUCACCUCCACCGGGGCGGCCUCCGGCGCACAAGUCCUGCCGAACGGCCGCUUACUCUUCACACACUCGUCGUUGACCGCGCCGAACAAUAUGUACGUGAUACGGGGGCUCGAACAGCUUGAUCUGCUCGCACCAGAGUCACGGGAGCCAGGUGUGGCGAAGCUGCAGGUGGAGCAGUUGACGCGCUUCGCGGAGGACGCGCUGAAGGGGAAGAGCUUGGCGGCAGGCGAGGACUUCUGGUUUGAGGGUGCGGAGGGGCACAAGGUGCAUGGAUGGAUCGUUAAGCCGCCGGGGUUCAAGAAGGGAGAGGAGAAGAAGUGGCCGAUCCUCAUGCUCAUCCACGGAGGUCCGCAGGGCGCAUGGGAAGACCAAUGGUCGACGAGGUGGAACCCGAACAUCUUCGCCUCACAAGGCUAUUUCACUAUUGCGAUGAACCCAACUGGUUCGACGUCCUUCGGACAAAACUUUACCAAUGCUAUCUCUGAGCACUGGGGCGGCCGGCCGUUCGAGGACAUGCAGAAAGGCUUCAAAUACAUCCUUGACAGUUACCCUGAGGUCGACCCAGACAAAGCGGUCGCCGCUGGUGCGAGUUGGGGCGGCUACGCCAUCAACUGGAUCCAGGGGCACCCGGAAUACGGGUUCGGCUUCAAAGCACUAGUGUGUCAUGAUGGCGUCUUCUCCGCUACUUACAACGGCUUCUCCACUGACGAGCUCUUCUUCUGCUCUGCAACGCGCUCACGCGAGUCGUCCGCGCAGUUCAACGAAGAGUGGGGAGGUCGUCCGUGGGACGAACGCGCUAAGCAGAACCUCGCAAAAUACGACGCCGCGAACUUUGCGGACAAGUGGUCUACGCCGAUGCUGAUCAUCCAUGGAAGUAAGGACUACCGGUUGCCCGAGACGGAGGGCAUCAGCGCCUUCCAUGUCCUGCAGCAGCGUGGCGUGCCCAGUCGGCUGGUGAUAUUCCCGGAUGAGAACCAUUGGGUGCUCAACCAUAUGAACAGGUAUGUCGAUGCGUCUCCGUGUAACGCUGCUGUGUUGAUGAAGGGUGGUCAUUGUAGCUUGAAGUGGAACUACGAGGUCUUCCGGUGGUUCGACAAGUAUUUGAACACGGAAUAGGAAGGCAGUCACAGGGUUUUAUAGGCGUCGGAAUGUGCACCAAGUGGGGGCGUAAGUAAGGCACAAUGUAUACUAACAGAAUGGGGGAUACAAUCAAAUCAGGCGGACGAGACGCCAGAGGUUGCUCUUAUUCAACGCCUUAGAAGGGCUUGCUUUGUUUUGAGCACAUGGUUCUAGGCGUACCCCCAGGCAUGCUCGCUUCCGCUUCGUACCGCGGAUAAGUCAC